UACCGAAUCAACCAUCAUCGCAAGUGUGCUCGGACUCGCUUUUUCUGCUCAUUACCUUAUUAAACGGUGAGGUGUUUGUACAACAACAACACACGUCUUGCAAACAUAGCGGUGAGGAAAGAAAAGUGCAAGUGAAAUCUUGGGAGAAUUGUUACCCUGAAGACGCUGCCAACGGAAAAAAAAUUCGACAAUCUAGCAGGCAGAAGAAAAUAAACAAGUGGCAGCAACCCGCGAAUCAGACGACGAAAGAAGAUCAAGAGCCUCAUUAGAAAGUGCUCUCACUUGGAAUCGCGCGUCAUGUCCAGCCAACCCAAGAUGGCGUCCGAGGUGGGGGCCGCCGAGCAGUACGAAAUGGAACAGUUGGCCGAAGCGGAAACUCAGCGGCUGCAGAAACUACUCCGAACACUGGAGAUUGAGCGGGGUACUUUCCAGGACACGAAAAAUAAAACCCUACGCAAGUACCGCGCCAAUGUUCGGCUGCUUGAGAAGGAGAAACAGCAGCUGCAGAUGCAACUGGACUGCGAGGAGAAUGGGGUUCAUUCAAAGCGAGAAACGGAACUGGAAUCCGUACUGGAGACGUGUCAGGAGCAACAGAAGAAAGCUAAUCAAAACCUUAAGGCUAAAAAGGAAGCACUGCGUGAACUCGAGGGACACAUUAAAAAAAUUCACCGAGAAAUUGCAGAGAUUCGAAAGAACGAAGUUACCGACAUUCGGUACAACGAAACGAUAGCGAAGGCACAGCGGUCGGUCAAGAAAUUGGAGAACCGUCUAGAUGUAGUGAACAAAAAGGCUGGAAUAGCCAUGACCGAGAAUACCCAGUUGAGGCAAACGAUCGAUCACAUGCUGACGGAACGGGCUACAUUCAACAUAAUGUGGGACAAGUUGGUUAGUAAACUUAACGAAGGAAAACGGUACAUGAUGGACUUGAUUGAUCAGGCUUCGUCGGCGUAUGAUACCCGAGAAGAGCUCUGCACCAAGCUGCAGAUUCUGAAGGACAAGGGACAAAGCGAGAAAGUUGCACACCUGCAGGAGAUGAGAGAACUGCAGAGAAAAUUGGAUCACGAUGCUAAGCUGCAGGAAUUUCUGGGCAUCAAAGGUCAGUGUCGAUCCAAUGCAGAGCUGGAGGAAAGAGAAGCACAGAAAAGGCAGAAAAUGCUGGAGAACUUGGAGAAACAGUACGCCGAGUACGAGCAAAUAAUGACACGAAUUAUGUCAUUCUCUGGAGAAGAUGAUAUUGAUCGGUUGGUGGCCAAGUUUAUCAAAAAAGAGGAAGAGAAUUUCGCUCUCUUCAACUACGUCAACGAACUGAGUCAUGAGGUUGAGACAUUAACGGAGAGUGUCCAAGUACUGCAGGACAAAAUAACCGAACAAAUUGCUAUUAACGAGUCGAAGGAGCACUCUCAGGACGACAACAUCGACGCGCUUCGUUUGGAAGAAAAACGAAGCAUGGAUGCAGCCGAUUCCGCCUUCGAGAUCAAGCAAGAGUGGGCUGUUAAACUAGACGAAUUGCUUCGGACAGCGGAACGCAUCUAUAAGUUACUUCACUGCGAAGAAGCACCAAUUUUGAACUUAUUAAACAACGAACGCCAAGUCACACUGAACAAUGCCAAGCUAUUUCUCGGAAUUAUCGAGCGGCGUGUUGCCAACAUUAUCAGCAACGUCAACUAUGUCGAACCGACCACCAAAAUUCUGGGCAAGAAGGACCGGGUACCCAAUUUCAACGUGAAAGACUCGGCCAAGGUACGAGUCGAGAGGGGUUGAAGGAAACUCGCGUGUACAGUUUUUUGUAAAUUUGUAUCGGAAAGUAUUCACCACGUUUCAAUUCAAUUAAUUGUCGGAAAAUAACUUUAGAACUGUCAAAAACAGGAUUAUUUAUGACUACUCGACUGUCAGAUUUUCACCAAAAGUGAAAAUCAUUCGCUAAAUGGUUCACAACCUUAAGUACGAUUCAAAUGAUCCGUCAGCUUAAUUGAAUGCAUUCUUAUUAGAGGCAUUCACACACAACGUCAUUAUCACGUAACGUCCUAACGGCCGGCUCGUGUGAACGCUCCGGUAAGAAAAGAACUAAUUUUGACGUUUCGGUGAUGGUGACUUGUACUUUAGAAUGCUGAAAACAGAAAUCUUUGGUUAGUGUAGCAAAAAAAAAUGUAACUUUAAGAUCCAAUUGUUCUGAAAAUAUUUAUAUAAUCUUCUACGCGUAGGAAAAUUGAACAAAAUUUGUAGUAUUUUGUAAAGCAGGAUUUGAAUUGAUUUCAAUCUGAUGCAUUUUCAUUUUGCGCCAAUUUUAUCGACAACAAUGAUCAUGGUUUAAUUUGAUUCAAAAUCAUUGUACACAGUGUCGUGACUUGAACAAAACGGGACAGGUUAUUAAACGAUGUUUAGAUUGAACACAUGAAAAAAAAUCAGUUUUCACAUCAAGUUGAUUUUGUUAAAGCUUUACCUGUCGAAAGCUCAAAUAAUUUCGUAGACUAUGUUUUAAACAGUUUAUCAGCGAUCUAGCUUUUUUUUAUUUUUCACAAUUUCAAAUCAGAGCUGAAAUUUGUUUUUUUUUGUCAUUAGCUUUACCUGUCGAAAGCUCAAAUGAAAAUGUAACCAGCCAACAUAUUUUUCAAACCGGUUUGCAGUGAUCUAGCUUGACCUAACGCGUCAUUCAUUAAUUUUUGUGACCUGUCGCACGAAGGACUGCAUCUCUGGUUAUCGGUUUGGCUGAUACUUGAAAUAGUUUGACCUGUCGCAAACUUUUCUCUUUUACCGGUCCCAAUCCUUUCAUCGGUCUGAUUUCCUGAAAUCUGACUUUGGACUUUCAUCGUUAUACUUACAUUUCGGGAGUUUACGGUGCUGCGCCAUUGUCGUGAUUUUUCUUGGAAUUCUGAUAUCCUUUGUUCAUCCUUUCAAUUUUCAGGAGGAAAAUGCACCCGUUCUUCAUGGAACUCGUCGAGUCAAUCCUGUCAUUUUUUUUCUUUCUGCUUUCAGACUACUUAGAUUGAGAUUUUGUCUGUAUCGCAAUAAUUACCGUUGUUUUAUAGAAUUUAGACUACAAUCUAUAAAUAUGCUAAAUCUACGUUGUCUCAUUUAGUAAAACAAUAUAAUUAUUGCUUACAAUAUUAUUUGAGUUGUACUUGGAUUACUAAGUAAUUCAAUUAUUAUAAUAUUUAUUCCACGAUGUAUAUUUUUUUCAUUAUUCUCUUUUGUGGCUGGAUUAUUCUACCACACACAGUUCGAAAAAAUCUUGUGAUUUUACGUCUUAUAGGACACAUAAUAUUCAAAAACAUGUAAAACUGUGUGAUGUCAAAAAUCACAUGGCUUGAAAUCGAAUGAAAUAAAAAACAAAAGAUCGAUAAUAACAGCGCGACUUGUACCUAUUAAUGUGUCUUUAUAUCCGUUUUAAUAAGAGGUCAGAGGCCAGCUCUUUCUGAUCAUGUUUUCAGAUCACUUUUUGUUGAAGUUGUAGUGUUACACGCUAAAUUCAAAUCCUUAAAAUUAAGGUAGUUCUACACUGAACGAAAUCAGAAUGCUGAUACAAGCACGCCAGUUAAUCGACUGAGCCACAGUCCCAAGUAACACCUGUAACUUGUUCAUAAUAAAAGAAAUAAAACAGAUGCUGCAUAAUGGUUGCAUGACAGACAUAACGAAACAAAUCGUGUUAUGAUGGUGACAGUUAAGUCAAAAUAAUGUUACGAAUUCACAUCUCAUCAUACUAAGUUACAAUUAGUUUCGAUGUGACUUUUCGGUAACCUAACUCUUACGACAUGUUCGCAUUGAUUGUUCUUGGUUGCCAACAGGUCACUUAUGUAAAUGGCUAUCAUUAUUCAUUAAAUUUCAAAAAAUGCAUUUUUAUUCAUUGCGUUUGGUCAACUGAUUUAACUUUGGUAUACGAGAAACUAAUAUUAAUCGCAAAAAAAUUCUAUCUGAAAACAUUUCGACUUUUUAGCUCAAAAUUUGAUAUGACGAGUAUAAAAAUAUGAAUAUUAUUUUGUAUGUCAAUGUUAUAAAUCCCAAAAUAUCGAAGGCACGCACGUUUUCAAUAAGUACAAUGAUUGACUUCACUGUAAAUAUAGAAUAUCGCGUAGAUUUUGAGUAGAUAUAGUGAGUAUAAACAAGAUUAAAUUCAAUAUUUUAGUUAUGAGUAUCGGACGCCAAUAUUUGGUCAUAAAUGUCGAAUGGAAAUUGUCAACAAAUUGCAACUUGACACAAACUUAAAUUUUCUGUUUCAUGGUGACUGAUGUACGCGCUGGAUCGAAUCAAAUAUUCGAUUCUGAAAACUUGUUUGGCAAUCCUCGGUAAGUCGCACAAGCUCCGCCUCUUACGCUUUUCAGGUUACAUAGCAGUUAUAAUGCACGUUGCAAUGUUUUCAACUUGUUCCAUGAAUUUGUUUCAUAUAAGUUACUGUCAUGAAAGUGUAAUAACGUGUGCUACUUGGGGUAGCACAUAACAGUUUAAUGAAUAAUUGAUACAUAUAAUUACACUCGGAGCUUGUUAAAUUCUGCACGAAUGGAAUAUUGCGUCAUUUGACAAGUUAAAUAGUUAUGAAUGGUAUCGUUUGUAGAAUUA